UUUCUCCUUAUUUGGAUCCAAAUAGGACUCUCUAAUGGAUUGUUUUUGUUAAUUUUAGUUAUUUUUGCUACGUUCCCAAGUCUUGGUUCGAAAUGUCGUUCAAAUUCUAUUCUUUUGCUUAACAAAAAACUACAAAUGAAAUCUUAUCCAUUGGAAAGGAUAUUAAUUUACAUGCUGGAUUUUAAAAAUGUGAGAGGACAAAAUUUCUCACCAUUUAAUAGUUUAUUUAAUUUGUGAAUACAAUUCAAUUCAGUAGAACCUUUUGUUCACUUUGUUUUUUUUUUUUCCUUCUUCUUUCCGCUCCCGUAUUAAUGAAAGAAUCGUACUCUCCAAUUGAAAUGGUGUUUGGUUUCUUUUCCGCGCUUUUAAAAUGCACCCUCUCUUCAAGUGAACAACCAUAUCUAUGACCCAUCACAGAAUCCUUAUAAACAGUCUUCGCUUUCAUCUUCCCUCCUGAUUAUCAAUGCCUUCGCUCCUUUGACUCAUUUUGCCUCCAAUCUCGUAGCCCUACACACAGCUUGGACGAUUAUCUGACGCUCGCAAACUGUUCGACAAAAUUCCCGAAACAAAUAUCCGACGUAGAGAAGGCCUAAAACCCAACAAGUUUGUCCUUCCUAGCGUUCUCAAAGCAUGCGGGCAUCUCUCUGAUCGACAAACCGGAGAGAAGAUACAUACUUUAGUCCUAAACUGUGAGUUUGAAUCCGAUGCUUUUGUCAAUAGUGCAUUUAUAGGUAUGUACCCAAAAUGUGGUCCGAUUGGAAAGGCCGAGCGGGUGUUCAAUGGGAUGGUUGAGAAAGAGUUGAUGGUAUUGAAUGCCAUGAUUUCGGGUUGUGCUCAACUGGGGUAUUUUAAAAAAAGCUUGGAGUUCGGUUGAAAAAACGAAACUAAUGAUAGUGAAGCCCAAUGUAGUAACAUGGAAUACGUUAAUUUCUGGCUUUGCACAAGCAGGUGAUGAUCUCUGAACUUUUUCAAUUGAUACCCAUUGACGGUGUUGAGCCUGACAUGGAAUCUCGGACUUUAGUUAUUUACGGGUUUGCGCAGAAUUUCCGUAACGGCUUUUGAGUUGCAUCCUAGUUCGGCUACAAUUAGUAGUCUCUUGCUGCGUGUUCAACCAAGGCAGAUUUGAGGUGUUGAAAGGAGAUUCAUGGCUACGCAGUGGUGAUUGGAGUCAAAGAAGAUAUAUUUGUGAGGAGUGCUCUUAUAGACAGGUAUGCAAAUUGUGGUUUAAUAUAUGAAGCAAGAACAUUGUUUCAUAAGAUGUUUGAAUGAAACACGCUACUGAAAUUCUACGAUUAUAAGGCGACAUUUUUUUUUUUUUUUUUCCCAAAUUUGGUAAAAAACACUAAUGGAAGGUUUGAAGUGGACAACCAACCCCAGCCAUCGUAGGUCACUCGGAUGCUAGAGAUUCAACUAGGGUUCUAAGCCACCCAGUACGUUGCCUUUGUGCACUCAUAAUUCUUUCACAAAACAUAUGAAUUUAUGAUAAAUAACUACAUUUAAAUUCAUACAUGGUAAUUCAGGAAAAAAUAAAAUCAUACAUGGUAUAAAACGCACUGUCUCUCCCCUUGCCUCCGCCCCUUAUCCUCAAUGGCAACCAUCGCUGCCCCCGGACAACUUCUGCCAAUACUCAGUCCCUCCUUCCGCUCUCGGCGCAACUCCACCACCACUAGCAUACCCACCACCAUCCGCCCACGUUUUGCCACUCGCCCUCCCACCAUCUGCCUACGGGCUGCCACUCGCCUACACACCACCUCUUCCCAAAACCGUAAGCCUUUAAAACCCACCUCCUCAUUACAAAACACUAAAGCUUUAAAUUUUCCAUCGUGUAAACCCUCCUUGUCCCUCCCAAAAACCCUAGUGCUGUCCACCGCCUCCGGCCUCCUCUUCCUCUUUGGCACACCUCUCAGUUACCUGUACAGUCGCAUUACAGGUGGUGGGGCUGGGGGCUGGGGUGGAGGAGGAGGCAGCAGUGGAAACAGCGGUGGCGGAGACGGCAGUUUCUGGUCGAAAAUAUUCUCUCCUGUUGUGAUUGCUAAGGAAGACGAAUCACAAUCUCAAGAAUGGGACUCACACGGGUUACCUGCCAACAUUGUGGUACAGCUUAACAAGCUCAGUGGAUUCAAAAAAUACAAGGUCUCUGACAUUUUGUUCUUUGAUAGACUCCGGAAAAGCACAGUCGGCACUGAAGAUUCCUUCUUUGAGAUGGUUUCGCUCCGGCCUGGCGGUAUUUACACCAAAGCCCAAUUCCAGAUGGAGCUCGAAACUCUUGCGACCUGUGGAAUGUUUGAAAAGGUCGAUCUUGAAGGGAAGACCAAUCCUGACGGAACUAUGGGAAUAACCAUAUCAUUUAAGGAGAGUACUUGGCAAUCAGCGGAUAAAUUUAGGUGUGUUAAUGUCGGUCUAAUGCCCCAGUCCAAGCCUAUUGAAAUGGACCCUGACAUGACGGAGAAGGAGAAAUCGGAGUACUAUUUGAGGCAAGAGAAGGAUUAUAAGAGGAGAAUCGAGAGGGCAAGGCCAUGUUUAUUGCCAAUACCAGUGCACAGAGAAGUGUUACAGAUGUUGAGAGGGCAAGGGAAUGUGAGCGCCAGGUUGAUGCAGAAGAUUAUGAACCAGGUUCAAAAGUGGUACCACGACGAGGGGUAUGUGUGGGCUAAAGUUAUGAAUUUUGGUUAUUUGAAUUCGAAGGAGGUGGUUUUCGAGGUUGUGGAAGGGGAUAUCACGCAAUUGGUGGUUCAGUUUCAUGAUAAGCUUGGGAAUGUAUGUGAGGGGAACACCCACAUCCCUAUUUUGAGACGAGAAUUACCCAAACAGCUCGGACAAGGGCAUGUUUUAAACAUAGAAGCUGCAAAACAAGCUCUAAGGAACAUAAGGGCAUUAGGCUUGUUUUCUAAUUUUGAAGUUAAUCCAAGACCUGAUGAGAAGAAUGAGGGAGGGCUUAUUGUUGAGAUUAAUCUUAAAGAAUUCGAACAAAAGUCGGCUGAAGUCAGUACAGAGUGGAGUAUUGUCCCUGGACAUGGAGGUCGUCCUACACUGGCUUCGAUUCAGCCUGGUGGAACUGUUUCCUUUGAGCACCGAAAUCUCAAAGGGCUAAAUAGGUCCAUUCUUGGUUCAGUGACAACUAGCAAUUUCCUCAGUCCGCAGGAUGAUCUGGGUUUUAAGUUUGAGUAUGUGCAUCCAUAUUUAGAUGGUGUGUAUAAUCCUCGCAACCGUACUUUCCGAGCAAGCUGCUUUAACAGCAGGAAACUUAGCCCAGUGUUCAUUGGUGGGCCAGAAGUGGAUGAAGUCCCCCCUAUAUGGGUUGAUCGAUCUGGUGUCAAAGCUAAUAUUACAGAGAAUUUCACGCGUCAAAGCAAAUUCACUUACGGACUUGUGAUGGAAGAGAUAACAUCGCGAGAUGAAAGCAGUCAUAUUUCUCCAAAUGGUCAAAGGGUCGCUCCAAGUGGAGAAAUUAGUACAGACGGACCUCCAACAACACUCAGUGGCACUGGCAUUGACCGAAUGGCAUUUGCACAGGCAAAUAUUACACGUGAUAACACCAAGUUUGUAAAUGGAGCAAUAGUUGGUGAGAGGAAUGUGUUCCAGCUCGACCAAGGUCUUGGCAUCGGCAGUAAGUUUCCAUUCUUUAAUCGCCACCAGCUCACAUUGACACGAUUUAUCCAGCUAAAAGAAGUGGAGGAAGGUGCUGGUAAACCCCCACCACCCGUGCUAGUCCUACAUGGCCAUUAUGGUGGUUGUGUGGGAGAUCUUCCAAGUUAUGAUGCUUUUACACUUGGGGGGCCUUAUUCAGUGAGGGGUUACAAUAUGGGUGAGAUAGGUGCAGCCAGAAAUAUCCUGGAGCUUGCGGCUGAGCUGAGGAUACCUGUGAAGAACACGCAUGUCUAUGCAUUUGCAGAGCAUGGUAAUGAUCUUGGAAGUUCAAAGGAUGUCGAAGGAAAGCCAACAGAGGUUUACAGGCGAGUUGGUCACGGUUCCUCGUAUGGUGUUGGGGUCAAGUUAGGCCAAGUACGGGCUGAGUAUGCCGUGGAUCACAACUCUGGCACUGGUGCAGUGUUCCUCAGAUGUGGAGAGAGAUUUUGAGAUGUGUUUCAUGGUUUUGCUGGGUGCAUAUUGUGUACAUUAAGGAAUCUUGGUGCUAUUCUAGAUGUGGCUAGUGUUGAGUUAUCUAGAACGACAAAGGUAUUUUAUAAAUAAGUUUCAUACUUUCUGCGGCAGCCGUUCUUUAUUCUCAUAGUGUUUCUGAAAUAAGGAAAUGCCUGGAAAAAAUUGGUAAAUACUUUUAAUUAUUUUUAUUUAUUUAUUGUGGUUUGAUAUAGAGGACAAUGUUAUGUAUUGAACAGUAUGGACACAAUGAAUUUUAUUUAAUAGUAUCUCUGAGUUUGGAAGGUUAUCUACUGUGGUUGCUAGAUUGAUGUAUGUUAUUUUUC